CGCUGCAUCGCAGCACUUAACAGGCUGCAACAAAACUCAAUUUUCUUCAGUUAUGCUUUUUGAUUUUUUUGGGUUUCCCAAUCACAACAUUAGAAUACAAAAGGCACUUUCUUGUUUUUGUAAAACGCUGUAAAUAUUCCCACUACUCAUAAUUUGCUAUGAAACGAGGGUAUCGCGAGUCUCCAUCUACCUCAGACGGGCCUCCUCAAUCUAGACUCAGACAUAACUCAGAAGGUGAUUCUCAUUUUUUGGAGGAUGAGAGCACCAAGGUUUUUGCUAGAAAAGUAGCUGACCACUAUAGUGCAAGGACAAAUCAAACUUUGGAAGAACGAGAAGCUAGUCCAAUCAUUCACUUGAAGAAACUUAAUAACUGGAUUAAAAGUGUCUUAGUUCAGCUUUAUGCUCGCCGAGGGGAUGCUGUUCUUGAUCUUGCCUGUGGCAAGGGUGGUGAUCUCAUCAAAUGGGACAAGGCAAAGAUUGGAUACUAUGUGGGCAUUGAUAUAGCUGAAGGCUCAAUAGAAGACUGCCGUACACGUUACAAUGGUGAUGCAGAUCACCAUCAGCGUCGCAAGAAGUUCAGUUUUCCUGCUCGACUCAUAUGUGGCGACUGCUAUGAUGUUCGCCUUGACAAAGUCCUAGCAGAUGAUGCACCGUUUGACAUCUGCAGUUGCCAAUUUGCCAUGCAUUAUUCCUGGUCUACUGAGGCACGUGCAAGGCGAGCCUUGGCCAAUGUAUCUGCUUUACUUCGUCCCGGAGGCACUUUCAUUGGGACAAUGCCAGACGCCAAUGUGAUAAUCAAAAAACUUAGAGAAGCUGAAGGAUUGGACUUUGGUAAUAGUGUCUACUGGAUACGUUUUGAUGAAGAAUUUUCUGAAAAGAAAUUUAAAUCCUCUCAGCCAUUUGGCAUACAGUACAAGUUUCAUCUAGAGGAUGCAGUCGAUUGCCCAGAAUGGAUUGUUCCUUUCCAUCUCUUCAAAUCAAUGGCAGAAGAGUAUGGAUUAGAGCUAAUUUUUGUGAAGAACUCGCAUGAAUUUGUGCACGAGUACUUGAAAAAACCUGAAUAUGUGGAACUCAUGCGAAGACUUGGUGCCUUGGGCGAUGGAAACCAAGACCAAAGUACACUAUCACCGGAUGAAUGGGAAGUGGCGUAUUUGUACCUGGCGUUUGUCCUGAAGAAGAAGGGCCAACCAGACCGGACACAAUCGAGCGGAAGGAGGGAUAAAGGGAAGAUGAAUAUAUCAAAGGAAGACAUCAUGUAUGUUAGUAGCGACACAUAAAUGCAACAAAAAUGUCCCAGGAAGGAUUUGUUCAAACAGUACGAUGAAAAGGGUUGUCAAAGAUGGAGACCAACUGGCCAAAUGGGAGAAAAAUCUAUGGCUAUUCAGUUUGGUAGAUUCAUGAAUACAUACUGAACUAAUUUUCCAAGAGCCCUUUCCCAGAAAGCGCCACUUUACAGGACUACUUUGUAUCUUUGGGACAAAAAUACAAUUUACAGAGGAAAUUGAACCACUUGAAGUUGAAGGAUGGCACCUUUUAGUUAAUGCAUACCAUCUUUACUCUCCAAA